CGGGGGUCCCGGACGGGGCGGCCCCGUCCCGCCCCGCCCCGUCCUCGGUCUCGGGGAAACGAAAGCGGCGCGGGGUGCCCUCCCCCGCCCCCGCCACAGCCCCGAUGGAGCGGUCGCGGUCGCUGGGGCCGGCGCUGCCGCCCUACGAGCCGCUGGCAGAGGGGAUGGACAUGGAGGGGCUGCCGCGGAGCACCGUGGUGCCGGUGGAGCCGCCGCCGCCGCCGCCCCCCCGCGACCACCUCGUCUGGUCCGUCUGCACCACGCUGUACGCCAACGUCUGCUGCCUGGGCUUCUUGGCGCUCGUCUUCUCCGUGAAGUCCAGGGACCGCAAAGUCCUCGGCGACUACAGCGGGGCGCUCAGCUACGGCUCCACCGCCAAGUACCUGAACAUCACCGCUCUGCUGAUCAACAUCUUCCUCAUCAUCAUCCUCAUCGCCCUGAUCGCUAGCGGCACCAUCAUCGUGGCGAACUACUUCAACCAGGAGCACAUGUCCUUCCUCAGCCCCACUUAGCCCUUCCCUUGCUCUGUGGGCAGAGCAUCCCCCCCCCUCUCCCCCCCUCUCAUCUGCUAGGAGCCCCCGUCACCCCUCGGAGCAGGGGGGUUCUCCAUGCGGCCCCCCCAGAGCCCGCUGGGGUCCUGUCCCACUUUCCUCGCUGCUCAGAGCCACUACAAAGCCCUCUCUGAUGGCCACCCUUGGCAUCCCUGGCAGGGGCUGGAGACCCCUCUCCUCUGGCAGCAGCUGAGCACCCAAAAACUGUCUGGAAAAGAGCACGCUGUUCUGUUUGCCACUUCGCUCUGACUUUGUAGCCCCAAGUGCCUCUAAGAAUAAUGCUAAGGAGAAGCACCUUGUUUGGAAAAAAAAAAAAAAAAAAAAGAUUCAAAUAAAGGUUUCUUUUGCUUUUG